AUUACAUUAAAAGCCCUAAAGACAAAACCCACCGAAAGCACUGAAACACUUUGAUUUCAUUUCCAACUUCGGACUUGGUCAAAAGAACACCAUUCAUCUCAGUCUCGUAUCAUACCAAACCAACAAAAACAAAACAAAUUGAAAAAAAAAAAAAAAAGGAAGCAUGCAACCGGAGAAUUCCGAGCUCUACCGUUUUCUGGCGCAAAAUGGCAUUGGGUCCUACGGCUUUCCUGCCAAUUCUGAGUUUCCAGUUGUGCAAAGCUUUUCUAGUUCCUCCACGUACUACCCUUUGGAGAUGUCUGGGGUUACUACUGAAACGACUCCACAGGAUAGAGCUCUUGCUGCCCUGAAGAAUCACAAAGAAGCUGAGAAAAGAAGGAGAGAGAGGAUUAACUCCCAUCUCAACAAGCUUAGGAGCCUUCUCCCUUGUAAUUCUAAGACGGACAAAGCUUCUCUUCUAGCAAAGGUGGUCCAACGCGUAAAAGAACUGAAACAACAAGCCCUUGAAAUAACUGAACUCGAGACUUUACCAUCUGAAACAGAUGAAAUCACAGUGCUUUCAUGCGAUUAUUCAUGUGAUGGAAGAUUGAUAUUUAAGGCUUCGUUGUGCUGUGAGGACCGAUCCGAUCUUUUAACGGAAUUAAUCGAGAUUCUAAAGUCUCUCCAUUUGAAGACUCUAAAAGCAGAAAUGGCGACGCUUGGAGGAAGAAUCCGCAACGUUCUGAUCGUUGCAGCAGACAAAGAUCACAGCAUUGAGUCGGUUCAUUUCUUGCAAAAUGCAUUGAAAUCUUUGCUCGAACGUUCAAAUUCAAGCGAUCGAUCGAAAAGAAGACGGGUUUUAGAUCACAAAAUAAUAGUCCAGUGAUUUCUACAAUCAUUGUUUAAAAAUAUCAUCUUCAACUUUUUUAUUUUUUAUUUUUAUUUUAUUGAGUGGGUGUAGGGGUGGGGGAGUGAGCUUGAUUUUGUUUUCUAGUGUGACAUGCUUUUUAAUUUCUAUGUUGGGUUUGUUUAGCUUGCUUUUGGAAGGGGGAAUUUAAGAUACGGAUGAUUUAGUUGAAAUUUUUAUUUAUUGAUAUAAU